AUGGGUAGCGGUGCUCGUGACUCGUCCGCCACUGCCGCCUUGCGCCCCGACCUCCAGAACAACUACAACGCGUCCCAGAUUCAGUAUGCAUCCGUGUACCCAUCUUCGUCAUUAGCAAAAUCGACAUCGAUUGCCUCCGCUUCGGACACGUCCAGCCAGAUCUGGUCCGAUUCCCUUUCCCAAACCUCCGACGACUCUUCCGCUUCUUCCGCCACCUCACAGUCAGACUCGUGCGAAUCGCAAUGUGGAAGGAGAUUACCUCGGGAUUCCGGCGCUGCCGUCGCCGAAAUUCAUGCACAGUCCCGCAUUAGUUCAUGGGCAAGGGCACAAAACCAGCAGCAUCAGCUUCUGCACGUCGAUGUUCCGGUAUCUGCAGAGCUCCGACAAAACCCUCGGCGCUCUGCGAGUGGGACAACGUCUCGUAUUGGCUGCCCUCCCACCCUCGUGCGUCAAUCCGACCGCAAGGUCAACUUCGUAGACAGCCUCGUUGAUUCGUCAACACAGAUUGUCGAGGCCAUCUGGCCUACAUCCUCGGUGAUCUGCCGCAAUGAAUCCAACAACACCGUGUUGCCACUGCGGACCUUCAUCCAAGAAACCUUGCGCCGUUCCCGCACGAGCUAUUCGACUCUGCAGGUUGCUCUCUACUAUUUGAUUCUUGUCAAGCCUCAUGUUCCCGAUCGCGACUUCACCAUGGAACAGCCAGAUGAUUGCCAUGCGAGCCGCGCUCUCCAGUGCGGCCGACGCAUGUUUCUGGCUGCUUUGAUACUAGCCUCCAAGUAUUUGCAGGAUAGGAAUUACUCUGCGCGUGCAUGGAGCAAGAUCUCGGGUCUGGCUACUCAUGAGAUCAAUCAGAACGAGAUCGCUUUCCUGCUUGCUGUCAACUGGAAUUUGCACAUUACCAACGAGGUUUACAACCGUUGGACCGACUGUGUAAUGAAGUUUACCCCUUCGCAGCCGCCAUCUCCGGGUGGGGCCGCGCAGAGGCUUUUCGAACGGCAGUGCGACGAGUUCCGAUAUCUCGUUUUGAAUCUCACGCCCGACUUGGCGAAUCUCGAGGCUCUUGCACCAUCGUCUCCAUCCAAGACUCAGGAGCUGGCUUCAUCACCACGUUCCAUUUAUUCAAAUUGGUCGUCUGACAGGAGCCCCAGCUUCGACCGUGCCUCCCCCGAGGCUACAGUGACGCCUACCACGCCUACCCACUAUACUGCGCCCAUGGUUAUGGAGCCAACGCCGGCCACUGUAUAUACUCCCGGCCGGCUGGCUCCUGCCUUGGGGCUACUUCCGACUCCACGUCUGACUCCUCAGUCCAGCGGCUUCAGCACUCCGGCUGUGAGUGCUGCAGGCCAUCUGUUGAACAAGGGUUCUUCCAUGGGUCUUGCGAUGGCUCAAGCCACCUCAGCCACAGCUGCGCAAGCACCAUGGUCGGUCCAAACUCCCUGGCCCACGGCUGUAACGUCUUCUCCGCACAGCUAUUUCACAGCUCGCCGUUCCUCCCUUGCAAACACCAUCUCUACAGCUUCCUCGCCAGAGUCGAUGAUUUCGGAUUUAUCCCGGACUUCACGCUCGUCCUCCAUCUCAUCUGCUUCGUCGCUGGCAAGCGCGCCGUCUACCAAACUGGAUGUACAGGCGCGAUGCCGCUACGCGAAGCUUUGCAAUGAGAGGUCUAGCUUGAGGCCUAUCAUCGCCACUGUCCCUGAAGAUUACGAAGAGAACUGCAUUACUUCGUCGCCGGAGCCCUACUGCUACCCUGUCGGCAAAGAUGCAUGUGUAGAAACGCCCCUGGCUCGCAGGGAACGGGAGAUCGACGAUGCUGCUGCGCGUGCACUGCAAGACUUGCACAACCACCAGUCCACGGUGCAGCGUCCUGCUCCUGCCCCUAGGGCUGGUUCAAAGCGUGGUCGCACGGCAUCCAUGGACAUCACUCAGGAUCAAGUCAGGGAGCUUCUGAGAGCUGCUCCAGUUUCUGCUUCAUCUGGCUGGACUGAUAACCUGGUGCGUCCGAGAUUCGGAUCAACCAUCAGUGAGCCUCUCUUGUCGCGCGCCGCCCUUAGAGGGGACGGCCGAAAGCGAGUCUGCUGCUCUACUGAGGCUGCACAACAGUUCACAAUAAAUCCUCUCCACCCUGCUGUAGGUGGAAUGGGGGGACCUGGUAUGUGGGAUGGUAUUCUUAACUGA